AUGGGUCAAACCCUUUCGGAGCCGGUGGUUGACAAGAACUCAUCCAAGGGCCAAGAUGACCGCCUCUACUAUGGUGUCUCCUCCAUGCAAGGAUGGCGCAUCAGCAUGGAAGAUGCCGACACUACCGUCCUCGACCUGAUGCCUUCCCCUACCGCCGAAGAAUCCGAAGUCCACAAGAACGCUCGACUGUCGUUUUUCGGUGUAUACGACGGCCACGGUGGCGAAAAAGUAGCGACCUACUGCGGCGCAAACUUGCACAGCAUCAUUGCCAGACAGGAAUCCUUCAAAAAGGGCGACUACGCUCAAGGUCUCAAGGACGGAUUCCUCGCUGCUGAUAGAGCUAUGCUUGGGGAUCCCAGAUUCGAGGAUGAGGUUUCUGGCUGCACUGCUUGUGUCAGCUUGCUUGUGGGCAAUAGACUCUACGUGGCCAACGCUGGCGACUCUCGGGGUGUCUUGGGCAUCAAGGGUCGCGCUAAGCCCAUGUCCGAAGACCACAAGCCUCAGCUUGAGACCGAGAAGAACCGCAUUACUGCUGCCGGUGGUUUUGUCGACUUUGGCCGUGUCAAUGGCAACCUUGCUUUGUCUCGCGCCAUUGGCGACUUCGAGUUCAAGAAGGUUGCUGAGCUACCUCCCGAGUCACAGAUCGUCACUGCCUUCCCUGAUGUCGAGCAGCAUGAUCUGACCGACGAGGACGAGUUUCUUGUUCUUGCUUGUGACGGUAUCUGGGACUGCCAGUCCUCUCAGGCUGUCGUCGAAUUCGUUCGCCGUGGUAUCGCCGCCAAGCAGGAGCUUGAGAAGAUUUGUGAAAACAUGAUGGACAACUGCCUGGCUUCCAACUCUGAGACUGGAGGUGUCGGCUGUGACAAUAUGACCAUGAUUAUCGUUGCAUUCCUUAACGGCAAGACCAAGGAGCAAUGGUACGACGAGAUUGCCAAGCGUGUUGCCAACGGCGACGGCCCUUGCGCCCCUCCCGAAUACGCCGAAUUCCGUGGCCCCGGCGUACACCACAACUACGAGGAUAGCGACAGCGGAUAUGAGAUGGAUGCCGAUGGCAGGAAAGGAUUCGGUGUUGGUGGGUCUCGCGGUCGAAUUAUUUUCCUCGGGGAUGGCACAGAGGUUCUUACGGGUUCAGAUGAUACCGAAAUGUUCGAUAAUGCCGACGAAGACAACGACCUCGAGAGCCAAGUCUCGAAAUCUACGACGACCGACAAGGACGAAAAGGCCAAGGGUACCAAGGCAGAAACCUCUGCCUCCAAAUCGACCUCGGACGAGUCCGCCGAAUCCAAACCCAUCCACGCAUCCGGGAGCCAAGAAAAGCAAGCUACGCCCGCCUUAGAAGAGGCUAAGAAGGACUAG